AACGUCACCACAUACGUCAUCAACACGAGCCGAUCAUUGUUGGUCUUCAGCCCACAAUGAUUUGAGAACUCAAGUUAGCAGCAGCUAACAAGCAGCUAACGAAGCUACUGAAAGACCAACUCUCGUCUGUGUUUGACUUCUUCGCCUGAACGUAGCCGGCUUCUGGAUUUCCCUGCACCUGCAAACAUGGUCAACGUCCACAAAGGUGUCCUCGUUGAAUGUGAUCCUGCCAUGAAGCAGUUCCUCCUCUACCUGGAUGAAAAGAUGGCUUUGGGGAAGAAGUUCAUCCUGAAGGACCUGGACGACACACACGUGUUUAUCCUGGCAGAGGUGGUUCAGAUCCUUCAGGAAAGAGUCGGAGAGCUCAUGGACCAGAAUUCAUUCCCCGUCACGCAGAAAUAACAUAAUAACUGUCUGAUCUUGGACUCUUGGCUGUUUCAUCCUGGAUUAAAUAAGCUCUGCAAUGUUUUAAAUGCAGUCCCUUAUUUUUGUAAUAUUAGUUACAAUGUGAGAAACUGAGUAAAAUGUGCAUUUUGCUUCUUGGUUGCACACUGGCUUACAUUGUAGUGUCUUAGUUGUGUCCAAUAUAUAUGACUACUUUUUGUGUCUUGAUUUUUGAUUAAAAAUUGCUGAAAUGCA